AUGAUGUCGCUCAUGCCACUGAAGGACAAGAAGCUCAUGGAGGUUAAACUUGGAGAGCUGCCAAGCUGGAACCUGAUGCGGAAUUUCACCCCCAGUGGGACUGGAGGAGCCUUCCGGCGAGGUUAUGACCAGUACUACAACAAGUACAUUAACGUUCAGAAAGGCAGCAUCUCGGGGAUCACCAUGGUGCCGGCAGCCUAUGUGGUUUUCAGCUACUGCAUUUCUUACAAGGAACUCAAACAUGAGCAGCGACGGAAGUACCACUGAGGGGUCACCACGGAGGGCACUGCACGCCUGACAGCCCCGUCCAUGAAGAAUUCCACUGUGGUGGACUCUAUAUCCUGACAACUAGUGUCCAAUAAAAGGUGACU